GCCGAAUCAUCCCGGACAACUCAACUGAGACAGCGAAAUCUUUUUGGGUUCGAACACAGAGCAGAAAUCGUCCUAUGAAUAAAAGGUCCCAAUUACAACAUCCUUGAAGCCCUCCGCUUCGUCUUAUGAGCGGGCUUGGGCCUAGUCAGCCCACCAAAGUGAAUCUCCGGCUAAACGACGACAUCGACGAUUUUUAUUUCCCACCGGCCGUAGUCGACGGCGAUGAUUAGCUCUCUCUGUCCCGGGCAGCUUCCGUUGAAAUAUCAAGUGGGAGAUCAGUCUCGCCGGCCGCUUUGAUAUCGUAUAGUGAGGUGAGCGGUGAGAACGAGACGGGGAGAUGGCGAUCUCAUCAAGAACCAGGCUCGUCUCUGCGGCGCUGUUGUGGAUGCUGGCCCUCUUCGCAACUCUAGCAAUCAUCCAGAACCGAUUGAGCGAUGCUGGGGCGUCGUCUGGGAGGAAAAUCGGCGAUGUCCGGAACGAUGAGGUGGAGAAGGACCCUGAAGAUCUAGAAGAAGUGACCCACAAAGUCUAUUUCGAUAUCGAGAUUGCUGGAAAACCCGCAGGUCGCAUAAUCAUGGGCCUAUUCGGGAAAACAGUCCCUAAGACAGCAGAAAACUUUCGAGCUCUUUGCACGGGAGAAAAGGGGACGGGGAAGAGUGGAAAGGUUCUCCACUAUAAAGGAAGCAAAUUCCAUAGGAUCAUUCCUAGCUUCAUGAUCCAAGGAGGUGAUUUUACCCGUGGUGAUGGACGAGGGGGGGAGUCAAUUUAUGGAGAUAGAUUUUCUGAUGAAAACUUCAAACUGAAGCACACAGGCCCAGGGGUACUAUCAAUGGCAAAUGCUGGACCCGAUACAAAUGGAUCACAAUUCUUCAUUACAACAGUACAAACUAGUUGGUUGAAUGGUCAGCAUGUUGUGUUUGGGAAGGUGAUUUCCGGGAUGGAUGUUGUGUCCAAGAUCGAAGCUGAGGGGAGACAAAGCGGUGGGCCCAAACGUAAAGUAGUUAUCUCAGGCAGCGGAGAACUGCCUCUGUAACCGUGACAUUUAGCAGAGGGUACAUCGUGUAUAUUCUUUUUCCCAUUUGUUUGAUACUAAGGACCGUUCCUUGUGUUUGUUUCAUCAGUGAUGGAUUGCUCUUUCUGUCUCUAAACUUAAAUGCCUUCAUCCUGCUGUGUUUCAUGAAUAUGAAAUAUUCGGAUUUAUUCGAUUCAACUUCUGGGGA